CUUUGCUUACUUCCGUACACAAAUGCUGAUGACGUGUGCCUUCAGCGCUACUCGGAGCUAGCUAACUUAGCUCUCCGUAGUUGCACGCCGAGGCGCAAUUAACACAUAAUAAUAAUAAUAAUAAAGACUAAAGUAAGCGAGUACUUUAUCAAGAGGCAGUCAAAGAUGGAGACGCUUUACCACCAGACAAACAAGAAAAUCCAGGAGGUCCAGUCGCUCAUGGGCAAUCUGGAGAUGACAGAUCGUCAAUCAGUUCACUUGUUAGAGAAUGAACUCCAGGCUCGAAUUGAGCAGAUCUUCAACCACUUGGAGCGUCUGGAGAUCCUGGCCAGCAAGGAGCCGCCCAACCGCCGCCAGAACGCCAAACUGCGCGUGGACCAGCUCAAGUACGACGUCCAGCACCUGCGCACCGCCCUGCAGAACUUCCAGCACCGACGCUACACCCACGAGGCCCAGGAGCGAGAGCGGGAGGAGCUCAUGAGCCGGACCUUCACCACUAAUGACGCCGACACGUCCAUCCCAAUCGACGAAACAUUGCAGCUCAACUCCAACCUUCACAACGCGCACCGAGGCAUGGACGACCUGCUGGGCAGCGGCAGCAGCAUCCUCAACGGGCUCAGAGAUCAAAGAUCGUCGCUCAAAGGGACCCACAAAAAGAUGCUGGACGUGGCCAACAUGCUGGGCCUGUCCAACACGGUGAUGCGACUCAUCGAGAGGCGAGCCACCCAGGAUAAGUGGAUCAUGAUCGGAGGGAUGCUGCUGACGUGCGUCUUCAUGUUCCUGGUAGUACGAUAUUUGGGCUGAACCCAGAAAUAGACUCCUCCAACCCCGCAACUCCACCCCCCCCCCUUUUUUUUUUUUUUACACAGCAAUUUAUUUUUAUCAUGCCAUUGUAGUUGUCAGCAGUUGCACCUCCAUAACAGUAUUAUUAUUUUACUGUACCUUCAUCAUGCAAGAUCCACUCCUUUUGAAAUACAAGAUCUGAAAUGUUUUUUUUUUUUUUAGGGGGGAAUAAAUCAACCACAAUUGGUUACAAGAUUAAAAUGUUAUGUAACUUUCAUUACGGUGAGGAAAAAUAAAAUUGUAAUUGUACAGUACAUUGUCACGAGUUACAGUUGACGCGAGUCUCACUAUGUGAGUGUUUAAUACUUAAAUAAAACUUGUAAUGUU